UUCGUCGUGUCGUUUCAUACCAUCAUAGCAUCUUAAAUAUUUAUACUGUAUUUUCCCGUUGUCAAAAUUUGACGGAUGCUUUAAUCUGUUGUGCACACCUUGCAAGCCUUAAAUAUUUGCACACUCACGUCAGGAAAAUUGUGCACCCCAUAUUGUACCAUUUGUGUCUAAUUCACAUCAAGCCAACAAGUGGUUCUGAUAAAAUAAUAGUUUGAUAAAGAAGGAAUAUUGCUGCAAAGUUGAUGUUUUUUAUCACUAUUUGUGGAUUUAAAAUGAUAAGAACUUAUCCUAUCUCUAACAUUGUCGGCUGACAACCUUUAAUGGGUUGUUAACUAGUUUGAUAAAGAAGGAGUAUUCUAGUAUUCUAUCAAAACAUCUUUAAAAAUGGAUUUUAGACGGCUAUUUUUCAUCUUUUUGAUUUUUUGUGUUGUUCCUUCGCAACCAGCAACAUCUCCACCAGAACAGUCGUCACAAUUCUCGACUAAACAAAAUUUUGGAAGCUUUUCAGUUACACAUACAGCCAGUUCGUCAUCACCCCAUAUUACGGAAGUUUCAACUGUAGAUACAUCAACCGGACAAACGAAAACGCCGGCAACAUAUAAAGCGUCAACACCAUUAGUAACCAAAGAUACAGAAACCACUACAAGUAAAUCAACUCCGCUACGGACAGUGUCGACGUCACAGAACAUUUCAAUUUCAUCUACUAACAAUGCUACAGUGUCGACGUCACAGAACAUUUCAAUUUCAUCGACUAACCACGCUACGGUACCGACGUCAGUGGCCAUUUCAAAUUCAUUGACUACUAAAGCUACAACACCGACUACACAGACCGUUUCAAAUUCGUCGACUACCCAAGAUACAGUGCGGGCGACGCCGACCAUUUUAAGUUCAUCAAAUACUCAAGCGGAAGUGCGGACAACACAGACCAUUUCAAGUUUGUCGACUUCCAAAGCUACAGCACCGGAGACACCGACCGUUUCAAGUUCGUCGACUGCCCAAAUGACAAUGUCGACAUCACAGACCAUUUCAAGUUUGUCGACGACCAAAGCUACCCAAGCGAAGGUACCGGCGGUUCAGACUACUUCAAGUAUAUCAAGCAACCUAACAACAAUGUCGGCAACUCAGAGCUAUGUGAGUGCAUCAAAUAGCAAAGUGACAGAGCCGGCGGCACAGACCAUUUACAGUAAAACUAAAAUAAAGAUAGUGCCGACGCCACAGAACUCAACAAGUUCAUCAACUAGCAAAGCAAAAGUGCCGACGACCCAGAGCUCUACUACACAAACAUCAGUACCGAGAGCUGAGACAUCUGCAAUUACAUCAACUAGUCAAACUACAAUGCCGACGACUCAAUAUAUCUCAAGAAAUGUAUCAUUUAGCCAAAUAACUGUGCCGCAAAGCUCUACAGGUACUUCGUCUAUAAUAACCACAAUACCAGCAACACGUAUCUCAAGAAAUACAUCUAUUAGCCAAACAACAGCGCCGCAGACACAGAGCUCUACAGGUAUAUCAACUACCAAAAGGACAAUGCCGACGACGCAGACUACUUCAAGUUCUAGUACAUCAACCUUCCAAACGACAAUGCCGACAACUCGGAGUUCUGCAAGUACAUCAGCUAGCAAAACGACAACGGUGCAGACACCGACCAUUUCAGACAUUUCGACUAACAACCAAACGGCAGUGUCGACGGUUCAGAGUUCAUUAACUAACAACACAACAGUGUCGGCGGCACAGACCCCUACGAAUACACCAGCUAGCCAAACAAGAGUGCUGGCGACUGAAACCACAGAACGCACAUCAGCUAGCCAGACGAUUGAGCCGAAGACUCAAACCGCUAAAAAUGCAUCAAAAGCUCAAAUGACAAUGCCGAUUACUAAAAGCACUGCAAGUGCAUCAAUGAGCAAAACGACAAUGGUGCAGGCACCAUCCACUUUAGAUAUUUCGACUAAAACCACAGAACGUACUUCAGUUAGCCAGACGAUUGAGCAAAAGACUCAAACCGCUAAAAAUGCAUCAAAAGCUCAAGCGACAAUGCCGAUUACUAAGAGCACUGCAAGUACAUCAGUGAGCAAAACGACAAUGCCGACGGAAAAAUCCACGACAAGUACAUCAACAAGCCAAUCGACAUCGUCGGGAAAUCAAACCACUAAAAAUACAUCAACUACGCAAACGACAUUGCUUGCGACACAGACCGCUAAAAGUAAAUCAACAAGCCAAAUGACAACAAUGUCGGCACAGACCAGAUUAAGUGCAGCAAGUAGCAAAACGAGAAUGCCUGUGACAAAAACCAGUUCAAGUACAACCAAUACUCAAAGCACAAUGCCGCCGCUACAAACCACUUCAAAUACAUCAAGUACCCAAGUGACAGUGUCGGCGCUAAAUAACACGUCAGACACGUCAAGUAUGCAAACGACAACGUUGGCCCUGCAGACCACUUUAAAAACAGUAAGUAAACAAACGACAACCUCGGCUGUGCAGACCACUUUAAAUACAGUAAGUACGCAAACGACAUCGUCAGCGCUAGAGACCAAAUCAAACACGUCAAGUACUCAAACGAUAACGUUGCCCAUGCAGACCACUUCAAACACAUCAAGUAUGCAAAUGACAAUGUCGGCGCUACAAACCACCUCAGAUAUAGCUAGUACGCAAGCGACAACGUCACAGCUACAGACCACUUCAAAUACAGCAAGUACGCAGACGACAAUGUCGCCACCAAAAACAACUGCAAAUACAUCGAGUACGCAUAUGACAAUGCCAGCGGCACAUAACACUUCAUAUACCUCAAGUUCGCAAACGACAAUGCCGGCGGCAGAGAGCACUUCAAAUAUAUCAAGUAGUCUAACGAUAAAGCCGCCGACACAGAGCAAUACCGGUACAUCAACAAGCCAAACGACAGUGCAAACGACGGAAAGCUCUUCAAAUACAACACCUAGUCAAACGACAAUGUCGGCGGCACAUAUCACUUCAAGUGCAGCAGCUAUCCAAACGACAGUACUAAUUACUAAGAUCUCUACAGAUACAUCAACAACACAAACGACAAAGUCGGUGACACGAAGAACAAUAUCAACUACUAAUAUGACACUACCGGCGACACAUAACACUACAUCAACCACCCAAACAACAGUACCGACGACACAUAACAUAACAUCAACAACCCAAGCGACAGUACCGACGACAUAUAACACUACAUCAACUGCACAUAACACUACAUACACAACCCAAACGACAGUACCGCUGACAUAUAACGAUACAUCAACUGCCCAUACGACACUACGGACGACACAUAACACUACAUCAACUGCACGUUACACUACAUACACAACCCAAGCGACAGUACCGCUGACACAUAACACUACAUCAGCUGCCCAUACGACACUACGAGCGACACAUAACACUACAUCAACUAUCCAAGCGACAGUACCGGCGAAACGAAACACUGCAUCAACUACCCAAACGACAGUGCUGACGACGCAGACCUCUACAGGUACUUCAAGUCGCCAAACUACAGUGCAGGCAACAAAAACAAUUACAUCAGCUGCCCAAGCGAGAAUGCCGACGCCUCAGACCUCCAAAGGUAUAUCAACUAGUCAAGUGACAGUGUCGCCGGAAUAUACCACUUCAAGUUUACUGGUAGAUCAAACAACUUUGCAAGCGACCCCAUCCGUUAGCCCGACGAAUGCUCAGGCGACAUACAAUAUUACGAAAUCAUCAAACAAAACAGCAGGCCUGAUGACUGAAAUAUUCUCUGUAGAUAUAUCAUCCCACCAUAGAGAAACCUCGACAACAACUGGUGUUCGCACUUUUCCAAGUGAAUCUUCAACGUUGAAGGUCAUAACGCAACCAUCUUCACGGACCAGAAAUAUUGUCUCAACAGCCGAAAUGGACCAUACAACAAAGGAAGAAGAACGAUCAGCAACAGAAACAACAACACAACAAGAAACGGAAGUGGCUCCUGUAUACAGCCCCUCGUCCAGUACAGGAUUAUCUACAGGAGGGAAAGCCGCUAUUGGAAUAUGCAUACCUCUGUUGAUACUUAUGGUAGUUGGUGUUAUGUUUUGGCUCUACAGAAGACGAAAGUAUAGAGGUAACUGGAUUAUAACAAGAGAUGUGGAGUACAUGCCCUGGAGAUUUAGCAACGCAAGUUUCGUCAGUGAAGACGAGGGUGAAAAUUUAAGAUUCAACAGGAGAUGACAGGAAAGAUUCAACUCCGGAGGCAUUCAUAAUGCCUUACUCACUGUGAUAUGCAGAAUGGCAUAAUAGAACAGGGGAAGUACCAAAGAGAUAUUUACAUAUGUUCUAGUCAACUUUAUACGGGGCUGACAUGCGCAGUAACAGAUGUUCCCUUGAAAAGGACAAAUCCUGUGAGAUUUAAAAUUUGCAGAAGCCUUGAACUCUAGAACUUAAACAAGUGGGAAAACAUUUCUGUUAUAUCGGCUGAAGUCGAGAGCGCUCAGUAAAACCCAAGUCUGGAUAAAAAGUGGAACAUCAUUUUGUGAAAUUGUAGAAACAGUUAGAUUCAAAAAGUGUAUAUACUUUGAUAUGGUUAACCUAAGAUGGCUUUGCGAGUCUGACACAAAAUUUUGCUCAAAACUUUGAAUGAUCUUUUUUGUUUGUUAAUUGUGAUUUGAUUUUUUUAAAAACAAGUAGACGUGUUAAGUUGUGAUUUUGAUGUCGUCCGGGAAAAGCUGAAAGAUAUAGUUUAGCGGUAUUUAUGUGUCCGACCGUCUGAUCGUCUGUACAUAUGUCUGUCCGUCUGUCCAUCUGCAG